AUGAGCAAGGACGUCUACGGCGCGGCCGAGAAGGCCGACUACGCGAUCGCGGUCAAGGAGAUGGACCCCGUCGACGUGGACGCCGUCUUCGGGUACCAGGGCGAAGGGCACGUCAACUACACGUCGAUGGGGUGGAUCAAGGCCGCCGUCAUCCUGCUCAAGACGCAGAUCGCGCUCGGCGUGCUCGCCAUGCCGACGGCGCUGCAGAGCGUCGGCGCGGUGCCUGGCGCACUGGUCAUCUUCGGGAUCGCCCUGCUCACCUCCUGGGCAGGGUACGUCGUCGGCACGUUCAAGCGUAACCACCCCGAGGUAUACUCUAUGGCCGAGGUCGGCGGCGUGCUGGCGGGCAAGAUGGGCCAGGAGGUGUUCACGGCCAUCUAUGCGGCCUUCAUGAUCUCCCUCACAGGCGUCGCUUUGCUGCCCAUCACGAUUGCGUUCAACGCGCUGAGCGACCACGCGACGUGUACCCUCGUGUGGAUGGUGCUCGCUGCCGUCGUGUGCUGCGCCCUGGCAUUCAUUCAGACACUCAACAAGGUCUCCCUUAUCGGCUCGGUCGGCGUAGGCUGUAUCCUCGUCGCCAUCUUCACGCUCCUCAUCGCCGUGGGCGUCCAGGAGCGUCCUGCGACGGCCCCGCCCGCACCCGCACCGUGGUUCAAGGACAUGGUCGCGUUCAAGAAGGCGAGUUUCUGGGACGGCGUGAACGCCAUGUCGACUGCCGUCGCGGGCUUGUGUGGCACGCCGGCGUUCUUCAGCGUUAUUUCCGAGAUGAAGAACCCCAAGGACUACAACAAGUCGCUGGCCGUAUGCCAGACUAUCGUCGUGUCGACUUAUGUCACCGUCGCUGUGGUCGUCUACUACUUCUGCGGACAGUACCUCGCCUCGCCCGCCCUCGGCUCGGCCGGCCCGCUCCUCAAGAAAGUCUGCUACGGCAUUGCGCUUCCGGGCCUCUUCGCCACCGGCAUCCUGUACUGCCACAUCGCCGCCAAGCUCGUGUUUGUGCGCCUCAUGCGCAAGUCGGAGCACCUGACCGCGCACACCAAGACGCACUGGCUCGUGUGGCUCGGCACGACGUCGGGGUGCAUGCUGCUCGGCUUCAUCCUCGCCAACUCGAUCCCCUUCUUCGGCAACCUCAUCGUGCUCGUGUGCGCGCUCUUCGGCACCCUCAUGUGCAUGCAGUUCACCGGCUGGAUGUGGCUGUUCGACAACUGGCACCGCCGCAAGGAGAACCCCGACUGGAAGUUCUGGGUCGUGGCAGUGUUCAACUGGCUGCUCAUUGUCUUCGGCAGCUUCCUCAUGAUCAGCGGCGUCGUGUCGUCGUGUCUUGGUAUCCGCGACUCGUUCCGCGCCGGUACUAUCAGCCGUCCUUUCUCGUGUGCGGAUAACUCGAAGUAG